CUCAAGGAUCAGCCUGUUAACAGGGUGGCUUGUCUUUGCCCGAAAACAUACACAGCGUCUCAGUGGGCCAUGUUGACGAACUAAUGCCGUGGAUGUACGCUGGGGCUCAGACCGUGUCUGUGUGAAUACCUGAGGGACAACAUGAUAACAUGAGCCAGGGGUCAGGUCUCUGACAGCCUGGAAGAACAAAGCUGUGAGGAGUAUGCUGCAGUACCUCUCGACGGUGGUCAUUCAGCCGGCUGCCUCAACCCUCACGACCAUGCCCUUACUCUUGCUAUGCAUAUUGGCGUGUCCUGUGGUUGGGGAGUCUGGAGGUUGUGAGCAGCGAUCAGACUGUGGUUUUGGAAGUGGGUGUGUGAACCAGACAUGUGACUGUGAAGAAGGAUUAACCUUACACUCUAACCUCAAGGACUGUGUGAAUGCGAGCUGCUCAAACGCGGACUGUGUGCGUUGUGUGGAAGGCACCUGUCAGAGAUGUGUCCAUUUUAUUGACAAGCAGACACGAGAAUGCCUCCGUGCAUGUACAGGGAAGGCAGAAAUCAUAGACACUGGGAAUAUACAGGGCAAUGUCUGUACUCAGAUAGACGGCCCUUCUGACCUCUCUGACAUCAUCAUAGGUAUCGUGGCCGGCGUAUCCGCGGGAAUCCUGCUCUGUGUCAUCCUCGGUUUGUGUGUUCACUUCCAUCUUAAGAGAAAACGGGGUAGAGUGAACCUUCAGGGACGAUACCUGCACACCAACAGCAUGGAGAUGGGACACAUGAGAAAGAUUCCAGUGUUUGAAAACAGAGGGUUCAUUGUUCAUCCAGAACCACCUGUGAUCAACAAAGAGGAUUACCUGAAGGAAGUGGAGAAAAUGAAGCCCAAUGCUCAAAUGCUACUAGAUCUUCUCAACCAGAUUCGCAAGAGAGUGCGUGCAAUGGAACCCAAUGAUGCCAGAAUUCCUACAUACAAAGGUGUGAUCCACCAGCUGUGUCGGGUCCUGGUCAUGUUAAACAAGAAAGAUGCGGGAAGCAGUGUGCCCGCGGACGGCCUCUCCCUGCUAGAGUGGGCCAAACAGAUGUUACAGGAUUAUGUGGAGACAAGACAAUCUCUAGAAGAUGGUGAAACAGAAGAGGAAGGCAGAGCUAACCCCUUUCCAACCACACCUACACCAGAAACAACGAGUACGUCUAUCAGCAGUGAGCGCCCCACAGUGGUAAACACAGUCUAUGCCUCACCUAUUGAUUCGCUAGAAAGGAGCAGGACUGAUGUUAUCCCUGACUCCAGAGUGCCUGUCUUAACCCGCCACUCGCCCGGUCACUACAGCUCAGUGCCUGUGCCUUAUAUAGAGACUCACAUGCAGGCCAAUGGGACACUCCGUCCGGGCAAAACUGUGCUAGUCUCUGCCCCCAUGGCACCUAAAGAGAACAGUGGUGGUUCCGCAGAGUCUUACGGGGUGAGGAGUGGGUACAGGAACUACCCCACCCCUCGCCCUGUGGCCAUCAGUCAGAACCCGGCAGGUGCUCCUCACUUAGACAGCAAAUCAGGCCCUGACAUCUAUGCCCCGGCCAGCUCUUACAGCGAUUACACGCAGCCAAAAAUCUCAACAUUCAGUGGAGGGGUGGCCCGUAGUAUCUCUGACAACUCCAACGAGUCAAACUCUGACUAUGACAGUGAGGAAGAUCCUAACCCAGAUGGAUUACCCUUUGACCUGGAAGAUGCCACUGAGCCUGUUGAGGUUUGACAAGUAUCUAUCAGGAUAUUUGGCAGAGGACAAGCAUAGCCUAAUCUUGUGUGGUAGUGGACAAGCGUAGCCUAAUGUCGUGGAAUAUGACUUUAUGUGGCGGAGGACAAGUGUAGCCAAAUGUCAUGUGGAACAUGACUUUAUGUGGCGGAGGACAGUUGUAGCCAAAUUUCAUGUGGAAGAUGACUUUAUGUGGCGGAGGACAAGUGUAGCCAAAUGCUGUGUGGAACAUGACUUUAUGUGGCGGAGGACAAGCGUAGCCAAAUGUCAUGUGGAAGAUGACUUUAUGUGGCGGAGGACAAGUGUAGCCAAAUGCCAUGUGGAACAUGACUUUAUGUGGCGAAGGACAAGUGUAGCCAAAUGUCAUGUGGAACGUGACUUUAUGUCGGAGGACAAGUGUAGCCAAAUGCCAUGUGGAACAUGACUUUAUGUGGCGGAGGACAAUUAUAGCCAGAUGUCAUGUGGAACAUGACUUUAUGUGGCGGAUGACAAUUGUAGCCAAAUGUCAUGUGGAAUAUGACGCGGUAGUGGACAAGCGUAGCCUAAUGUCGCGGAAUAUGACUUUAUGUGGCUGAGGACAAGCGGAGGCCUAAUGCUAUGUGGAACAUGACUUAUAUAUAUGUGGAAAUGGACAAGCCAAAUGCUACGUGGAACAUUUGAUAAGCCAAAUACCAUGUGAAGUGUUUAUGUGGAUUGAUGAUUGUGAUACAAGUCAUGUGGAAUCAUUUUUAUGUUCCAGUUUUUCGUCCUGUUUUUCCAUUUUGGCUGCUCAAGCGUUAUUUUUUUGAUGUGUUAACAAGAUUUUAAGCUUUGACAGUUGAAUGUUUUUGAUGAUGGCAGCAGAUUGUCAUGUCCUUUAUGUGUCAUAUCAUUCUCAAUGUUACUGUACAUACACGUAGAUCAAACACAUAUUCGUAAGCCUAUUGUCCUCUUAAAGCUGAGCUAUAUGCACCUUUGUGUUUUUGUCCAUUGAUAAUUUGCACAUAUUACCCAUAUGCAUUUUUUGCAAAUGCAGAUACAUGCUGUGCAUAUUUCAAGGGGAUUGAAAAGUCAUUUUUAGGAUAUCUGAAUUCCAUGUACAUGGGUGCAAAUGGGAAUGCCACCAUUUUAUCAAGUGUUAUUUCUAAAUUCUAUGUAGUUUUACUCAUCCAUAUUUUUUGGAAAAAACAAGUGUGGGGUGGACAGGAAUUGUUUUUUCUGAGCGGAAGAUGGGGAACAUUUCCAUAUUUCUACAAUCUUUGUAUUCCAAUUGCAGUUUUUAACAUCAAAGUAGGGCAGUUUUGAAGUAUCCCUGAUAAGAAGGGAAGUUCAGCACUCCUUCACUUUUCCUUAUACCUGUUUUCCCCAUCAGAGCAUUCAGCAGCUUAUUACAUGUACCUAUGAACAAGUGCAUGGAGAUGUAUGUGUGGAACAAUUACCUGGACACAGGUUGCCACAUUUGGAUUAUUUAAAUAAUGUGAAAUAGCGUCACAUCAAGUCGCAUGCAGUUUUAGUAUGGCCACAUGAAGUGUGUAUACAAAAGUGGAGAACAGUUGAUCUACCGUUGUACCAGAGACUGAAACUGUCAAGAUCAGCGUCAGUCUCAGCCUCAGUCUUACCCUGUGUGCUCCAGGGGUAAGGAAUGACAAAAGGAAUGACAGCAGGGUUCUCUGCACGGUAUAUUCUGGUCACAACCAUAGCCCACACGCACAGGUAUCAUGGUUUGAUACACAGGUUAGUUUCAGGAGUUUGAUAAAUGUCUCUGAAAUGCAUCGUUUUGAAAACGAAUUCUCUUUCAUCUUUUAUAAUGGCAAUAAAUGUCCAGCUGAAAAUAUGUCGUUUUGGUUAUGGCUGUGUAAGCAUUAGUGUUACAAGUUGUGGCCAUUCAUAGCUCUGUAUGUAAGGUACUGUGAAUACCACAUAGUGGCUUUUCUUCGUCUUUGAUGAACCUCUGCAAGUUUCCUUAUUUACAAAUCAUAUUUUUAUAUUUCUACAUUCGUUUGAUUCCAUCCCAAGGUUUAUACACUGUUGAUAUGUCACAUUCAUUGUCUCAAAACAUUUUAACUUUGUUGGAGUUUUGCUGUUAGUCAUGUGAAGUGUGCAAUGUCAUGGAGGCCAUUCUGUGUAUUUUAUACCAUGUAUGUUCUCUCCACAACUGCUCAAGUUUUCAUUCGCUAUUGCCUAGUGUGCUUAUUGAUGCUUAAAACUCUGCUCAUUCUAGAUCUGUAUUCAUGGUGUGCUUC